AUGACAUCGUCGGUCCUUGAAAGUUCUGAAGAAAAGAUCAAUGGCUUUAAGUUGAUGAGGUUGAUUGUUGAUGGAGGAACAGAGGUAUUGAGAAACAUCUUCUUAAGCAUACAUCCAGGUAAUUUGCAUGCUGUUUUGUCUACUCAUUGCCAUACACUUUAUCCACUGUUUAAGACCAAGAACAUAAUCACGCAACCACAAUGGGAUAAACUGUACCCACCUCCCCCAAGAAUUCCAAAUAUUCAAGAAUUUGAUAUAACAUUACUUGUUAUCCUGUUAAGGAAUAUUUGUGGCUUAUCUCCUCCCAGUACAGGGUGGAAUGUUAUGCCAAGUUCCACUGACAAUUCUCGUGAAGCGAACAUUGUUCGUAUUAGGCUAUUUCGUAAUAAUUUCUUUGGUCAUGUCCCUGGCAUUGAUGUUAGUAGGUUAGAUUUUGAGGCUUAUUGGGUGGAGGUUGGUUCGGCUUUACGUAGUUUGGGUUUAAAUCAAGCUGAAAUUGACAGAUUGAAGGCUGAGGAAUGUGGAGAAGAGGAAGUGAAGCGUGUGAGAAAAGAAUGGAAUGAAAGUGAGAAAGAAGUAUUGAUAGAACUUGGUCGAUUGGGGAAAAAAAUCGAUGAAUCCUUGAAACAAGUUAAGUCUUCCACAGAAGGCAUCCUUUGUGAGUGCCUUAAUGAACAUGACUUUAAAGACGAAAUACAAUCGUUUUAUGUCAACUACACUAAAGGCACUCGUGAGUGGGUUUUUGACCAGGUAUCAAAAUGGCUAAACAACAAAUCGUCUUAUAAUCGUGCCUUCAUUGUUUCUGGUCAAGCUGGAAUGGGUAAGUCUACUAUCGCCGCAGUUACAUGUACACGUUUCCCGGAAUUUUUUGGAGCUUGCCAUUUUUUCCAAUAUAACAAUAGUAGGUACAAUAAUCCAAAGUUUCUCCUCCAGUCGUUGGCGUCGCAGCUAUGUCAUGUCAUUCCGGAAUAUAAGCAAAAUCUUACCAACAACUUAUCUGGUAAUAAAGCACAGUUGUUGGACCACCAGAACAUCGAAGGGAUGUUCUCAGUGUUGUUUCAAGAACCAUUUUCAAAGAUUUCCGAUCCAGGUAAGCAUUUUCUGAUCGUAAUAGAUGCGCUAGACGAAUGCCGACAGGAAGAAAAACACAAGCUUGUUGAUUUCAUUGCUACAUAUUUUCACAAAUUUCCCAUGUUUAUUCGAUUUUUAAUCACAACCAGAUCAGAAACAGAUAUUGCCCGUAAAUUCCAAGAAUUAAACCCCCUGUUUCUGGAGCCAGAUGAUGAACGGAAUUUAAAGGAUCUUCGACAUUUUUUUGAGGAUAAAUUGAAGACCAUGUCAGAAUAUGUUCAAAGGGAGGAGCUUGUCGAAAAAUUAGUUAAAAAAUCUGAAGGUCUGAUGCUCUACGCAUCUUUUCUUUGUAAACUUCCUGAAAACGGUUCCAUCAUAUCUAACAGUGAAAACUUACCUGCAGGUAUUGAAGAGAUCUACAAUAGGUAUUUCAAUCGCCUUGAAAGCGAACUUCGAAAUCUAGGCAUUGAUGAAAAACAAUUUUUAAAAUUUUUAAGCGUAAUAGCAGUUGCAAAACGACCGCUUCCUUUAGCACUUCUUGAAAGAUUACUUAGCUCUGACAAAGAUUUGUCGAUUGCGGGCAGAACUUUGCGAAAAUUAAUUAAUUGCCUCUCUUCUGUCCUUGUCAUCAAGGAUGAAUCCGUGUCGUUUUUUCACAAAUCAGUAAAAGAUUGGCUAGUAAUAACAAAUCAUGAUUUCACAAUCAUUGAGACAUAUGGUCAUAGAACGCUCGCUGAUAUUUGCGUUUUUCAAAUGCAAACAUUAAAGCAAAACGAAGUUAGCUCAACAUUUGAUCUUGCUAUCGUCUAUGCAUUGCAGUACGGAACACAACAUGUAUUAGAGGCGGAAAUAAAAGACGUGUAUUUCCUGACAGAAUUGAUAAACCACGUCACUGACUUAGAAGUCGUGCAUGCGGGUGUUUGUAGCGAUAUUUAUACAACAUUAAGCAAUCUUUCUAGCCUAGAUAGCUGCAAUAUGCACAACAGCUCAAUAUGUGAGGAAACGCAAAGAACCAUAAGAACGCUCAUCUUUAUAAUAAGAAAGUUUAUAUACAUUUUGAAAGAUGUUCCACAGUCAUUUCUACAGUAUGUUCUAAAUGAAAACGAUGACGUACUUUCACCCAAAGCAUGCGCCUUGUUAAUGACCCGCUACAGGGGUCUUGCAUAUUUCGAAUCUGAAGACGGAAAAGAAAAUAUUGAAAAGGCUUCGAUAGGACGUAUUUUAACGUCAAGGCAGGUUUUAGAUAUUGAUAUUUCACCGUCAGAAGAUUUCCUUAUAUGUGGAUACGAAAAAGGAGUUGAAUUGUUUUCUCUGUCUGAUUUUAAACUUCUUUGGAAAAUUGACGAUUUUCUUGUUGAAAGACGAGAAUGUGCAUGCUGUUUUUGCCGAUUAACAAAACCACAUCGUCGCAUUGUUUUUCACCCUCUUAAAAACAUCAUUUUCCCCGGGCAGCUUACCCGUGUACUUAAUUUAAAAGGAAAAUUUGAAACUGGAAUGCUUGUAUGCGAAGAAAUACCCAGUAAGUUUACAAAUUGCUGUUUUUCUCACGAUAAUACAAAGAUGAUAACAAAUUACGACAUUCAUUUGACAGUUUGGAAUCUACUUGAAAAUAAGAAAAUAGUAAGUCUUUCUUGUCGGUCAGAAUUAUUUUCCAUUUUGUUCUCAGCUAAUGACAGAUUUAUUGGAACAACAAACAUUGACGAGUUAUGUGUUUACGAUACUGAGAACAGUUACAGCAUGGUAUCAAGGUGUUGUUGUGGAAACAUCAAAGUUUUAGUUUCGCCGUUUCAUUUAGAUUCCUGGUACUGCUUGGUGGUAAAAAGCGUGCUAAGAAGAAAAAUCGAAAUUGUUAAAUAUGAUUUAACAGUUAAACCUGUCCGAGAACAUUUUUUUAUGUCAAUGAUGCCAACUAACGCUAGGGCUGCCGCUGAAUUCCAAGCGGUAAUGGAAAGUGAAGAUCGCUCGUGGCUUGUCAAAGUAGGCUGUGGUUCUUUUUUCAUCCUCAGUAAUGGAAAUGUUUUGGUUUCCAGCAAUCACGAAAGUGAAAUAAAAUUGUUUAGACUUAAUGAGUUGAUUCAGAAUUCAAAAACUAUGCAAAGGCCAAACCUACUUCUCUCUCUCCGGUAUGCGGUAAGUUGUUCUGUUUCAGUCGAUGGAAGAUAUGUUUACACACAUGACAGUAGAGGUACUUUGCGCAUCAUGAAGCCUCAAUCAGUAACAUUUAAGAUACUUGGUCUAAAGAAAGACAAUCUUAUUCCUUUUGUUCCAGUAGCGAAUGGUGUGUUCUUUUGUGGAGAGGUACGGAAUCCUUUAUGGACACUAUUUGUGGGUAAAAAUGAGUUCUUUGCAGGCAUCCCUGAACUGUGGAAUUCCGAAGUGACGCAACGUCUCGCUAGUUUCCCUGAACUGACUGGUACUUCUCAUUGUCUUUCAGUUGCACAAGAUUUAGUAGCUUGCAUUAUGGAGUUGCAGGUUUGUUUUUUUAAUGUUCUGAAAAAAACAAUAGUUGCACGUAUACCAUUCCCUGAACAUAUUUUAUUCUUUUCACGUGCACACAAGCUUGAAAUCAAGGUGAUCGCAUGCAGUAGUCUAUAUCAUGUGCUUAUGAGAAAUGGAAUUUUUACAUAUAUAUUACAAAAUGCGAACAGUGUAGAUUCAGGAUCACAUGUAUUUAACAUGCCAGUCGUAAGUUACAUAAACACUGCUUCUUUUUCCCCCAAUGGACGGUUAUUAGCAUUCCUUUCGAGUAACUGGGAAACUUUGAAUAUCUUGGACAUUGAUACAAUAAAAAUUCGUAGGAAGCUUUCGCUCUAUUGCGCAAAAGGAUCGAAACUGCAAUUUGUCGACGAGGAACACCUUCUUUGUGAAAUAUAUAAUACUCACUUGUGUUUAAUUAAUGCCAAAACCUGUGACAUAUUAACUUACAUCAGUAUGGGUUUGGUUAACGACGACCUACAUUACCCAAGUGUGGGUGUUUUUGCAUGCCGUGAUACAGUUGGUAUUAUUUUUUGGAGUUACCAUAACGAAAAAUUUAAACUAAUUAAACUUUGGUUACCACAGCAACGUAAAGAUGAGAAUGAAUUAUCCGAAUGUUCUUGCUGGAUGCAUUCUGGAAGUAUAAAUAUCCCCAUCCGUAGUUUUCAAAAUGAAAUACUUACGGCUUUUCAGUUCAGUGUUACCAUAUAG